AUGGGAGACGCACAAUCGGCGUCAAGGGGAAGCCCCUUCGGACGAGGCGGAUGUCUCACAGCUAUAAUAGUUCUAGUCUAUUCGGCAAUGCUCAUCGCCUACGUUGAUGCAGCGCCAGCAAAAGAUAAGAAACCUCGGAGUCCACGAAGCGAAUUAGGAUGCUCGUACAACUUCACUCACUACGACAACGGGGCCUCGAUUCAGACCCAGGAGCCGUGUCUCAACUGCACGUGUCAAGACUCGAUGCUACUGUGCUACCUGAACGUAUGUCCGUACGUGAAGGCGCUCGGAGAGGAAUGCACGGUCACGAAGAAACCGGGUCAAUGCUGCCCCGAGGUGCACUGUCCUUCUGGAUGUUACAUCGACAACAAAUUCUACAAUGAGGGUCAGAGACUGCCAAUGGAUCCGCUGAAUCCUUGCGAAACUUGUUAUUGUGUCCGGAACAGUUCAUCGUGCGUUCUACAGGACUGUGUCCUUCACAUCGAUGGCUGUUCCCCAGUUUUCCAUAAGAAGCGGCCCACUUGCUGUCCGGCACGAUACGACUGCUGUGAGUGUACUCCCGAGCGACAAAAGAGCGCCUCGGAGCCUCUGGGGGAAACUGAUGCUUCGAAAUUUCAAAGGCUUGAUGGUUGUGAUCACGAAGGGAGGAUAUAUGCUAUCGGUGAUUCCGUACCGAGCGCAGACAAAUGUCAAAACUGCUACUGCAUGCCCAACAAUACUGUGAUUUGUCAAAGCCAAGAAUGCCAGACACCACCCGGGUGCACUGCUGGCGAAUUGGCUGAAGGAGAAUGCUGUCCUACCAAGUUCGACUGUCCCUCCGCGACUACUCUGCUACCAGAUCAAGAUCUGGCUACGACCGUCAUGCCAGAAGAGGGACGAGCGGACAGCACCGAGUCCGUCGAACUGUCCUCGGAAGCCUCGGCUACCGCCGUCCAUAAAUAUUCGGAAGUGACCACGGAAUCCCAAGCCGAAACCACGCCCCAGAGCUCAAGCGAGCAACCUCGCUUGAGCACGACUGUUGCUCCUCCUACAUCCCGGGGCGAGCAAGCUCGAGCCGACGACUGUGAGAUCGAAGGAGUCGCCUAUAAGCUCGGAGAAAAGAUCAUCAUGAAAGACCCGUGCCUGGCAAACUGUACCUGUGGAGCUGAAGGUCUCGUGCAGUGCGAUCAUAUAACUUGCCAUGAGCCCGAGCAGGACAUCUCUGAAUGCAAGGUCGUCAAGGAGGAAGGAAUGUGCUGCCCGUACUACGAUUGCCCGCACGACGAAACGACGCCUGUGCCCGGUCCGGGAGAGUGCAUCAUCGACGGUGUGAGGUACGCUCACAAUACGACGGUGCCACAAGAUGACGUAUGCCGUCAGUGUCUCUGCUUGAACAGUGAAUUGAUUUGUGCUGUCGAGGAAUGCGUCGAAGGAGACGGGUGUAUCCUGCUGCCGCCAACGAAGGACAUUUGCUGUAACUACAAGUGCGAUGACGACGAGGAAACUACAGACGCCACCCAGUCUCCUCAGGAUCUGAUAGCCUCAACAGAGGGAACGACGUUCGCGCCCGGGCUAGAGCCGAAGAAAUCCGACGUCGAGACCACGCCGGCAGCCGAAGUUUCAACGGAGUCGUCAACAUCCGUCGUCACCGAAGCUGUGUCUGAAAUGUCGUCUACGACCGAGGCUGCCACUCAAGCUUCUGAAGAGACCUCGUCGACAGCUGGCAGCACAACGACGGGGGCUUCGAGUGAGAGUCCGUCGACAACUGAAGCAUCGACUCCUGAAAGCACAGAAGGAGGCUCGACCGAAAGUGCGGCCGGUAGCUCGACGGAAGCGAGUACAGAAGCGGCGACUGAAGAAUCGACUUCGGCCCCGCCAUCAACAGAAGCUUCCUCAGAGAGCGCUCCCGAAGCUUCCACCCCAGCGUCCACCGAGGCCUCGACCGCUGCGGCCACCUCCGAACCUUCGUCUGAAGCGGCUCCAAGUGCUGCAACGGAGCAAUCGACUGAGGCCGCAACGGAGCCAUCUACCUCGGAAGGAUCCACGGACAGCUCGUCGAUUGCACCAACCGAGAGCUCCACCGAGACGUCGUCGGAAGCCUCGUCGUCCGCAACUGCCGAAAGCUCUACCGAAAAGUCAUCGGAAGCCCCGACAGAAGUUCCCUCUGAAGCGUCUUCCACGGAGGCAGACGCAUCUUCUGCGGCCCCUACGGAGGAGAGCUCCACCGAAGGAACUACUCCAGGCUCCACCGGAGCCUCAAGCGAAGCCUCUUCAGAGACCACCAGCGAAACGAGCUCAUCAUCUGAGAGUCCAAGCACAGAAUCGGCAGCAACCUCUUCGGAAGCAGCUGCCACCGAGUCGACCACCGAGGUCCCGAGUGAAAGUCCCUCGACGGAUAUUUCCUCGACAGAAAGUGGAACGUCUUCCGCUCCAGAAGCGGCGUCAGCGUCCACGGAGACCGCAUCGACUGAAGCGUCGACAGAAGGAGCUCCGACUGAGGCGUCGACAGAGGGAGCCUCGACUGAAACUGUGACUCAGGAAUCGACCACUGGUAGCGCGGACGAAAAGAGCGCGACCGAAGGUAGCACGAGCGCCGCGGAUUCCACAACUUCUGCGAGCGAGGACUCUAGUCAAGACUGCGUCUAUGACGGAAUGACAUAUCCGAACAACAGUGAGAUACCAAGUGAUGACGCCUGUCGCUUGUGCAAGUGUAUCUCAGGCGAAGUCACUUGCGCGACCGAGAUCUGCGAAGAGCCCGAUGAGGGCUGCGAACUCAUGCCGGCUACAAAGGCCGAAUGCUGUAACUACAAAUGCGCAGACGACCAGAUCUCUUCGGAGAAACCUGGAAUCGAGAGCAAGUCCAGUCAAACAGAAAAGCCCUCCGAGCAAACAACUGAAGCACCAGAAGCAGCGCCGGAAUCUUCGUCGGAGGGAAGCACGGAGGCUACCAGCGAGACUACCACAGGCCUGGCCUCGACCGAAGCGUCUUCUGAAAGCACACCAGAGUCUUCGGAUGCUCAGACUGAUUCCACCGCCUCCACAGAAGGGUCAACAGAGCCAAGCACCGAAGCCAUUUCGUCCUCAACUUCAAGCGAACCCAGUACAGAAGUCGCGCUCGAUGGCACAAGCUCUCCUGAAAGGGCAACAACUGCAGCUACCGAGGAAAGCACAAUUUGCGUGAUCGAUGGCAAAACUUUCGCGCACAAAGAGUCGAUACCGAACGAUAAUCCUUGCCGCAUCUGCGAGUGCAUUUCGGGAGAAAUGACUUGCGCUGACGAAAUCUGUGAUGAGCCUGAGGAUGGAUGUGAGCUCCAGCCCGCAACGAAGGACGAGUGCUGCGUCUACAAGUGCCAGGACGAGGAACAAUCUACCACGGAAGCAGGAAUCGAAUCUAAAUCCAAAGUAUCGGGAACACCGUCCACAGACCUAACAACGGAAGCAGAGCAGAGCACACAGGCGAGCACGAAGUGUAUGGUGGACGGCAAAACGUAUCCGCUCGGCGGCGAAGUUCCAAGCGACAACCCGUGUAGGAUUUGUCAGUGCACAGCCGAGGGAAUGGUCUGCGCAGAUGAAGUUUGCGAGGAUCCCGAAGACGGAUGCGUACUUCAGCCCCCGACUGCUGAUGAAUGUUGCAACUACAAAUGCGAAGAGGCAAUUCAAACUGAGAAGCCCGGAAUCGAGAGCAAGUCCAAACCCAAAGAAGAGGCUACAGAAGCUGCUCCUCCGUCGGAUGCAUCGACAGAAUCGACGACCGCCGCCGCCGAGGCUGCUACGACGACUGCCGCUCCAGAAGACGCGACAGACGCUCAGACAUCAGCCGCCCCGAGCUCCAGUUCUUGCACUGUCAAUGGCGAAGUCUACGAACAUAACACCACCGUCAAACACGAAGAUCCGUGUCAGCUGUGCAUGUGUAUCGACGCAGAAGUCAUAUGCUCCACUGAAAUCUGCCCAGAACCCGAGCCUGGCUGUACGCAGAUGGCCAAGAAUGCGACAGAGUGCUGUGUGUUCGAGUGCACCGCAACGACGACGCCAGCUGCCACAACUCCUGAGAACGAGCCUUCAAGAGAGGACGUAUCGUCAGUAGGACCUUCCACAACGGAAGAAAUUUUCGAAACGACAACCGGAGCUGAGGCCACCACACCGGUCGAUGUAUCCUCAGAGACGCCCGAAGAAAUGUCUACAGCGCUCCCCACGGUCCUCCCGACUACGACGGCACCCGAAAAUGUUACGGACUCCGAAGAGACCGAAGAAGAAGUCACUAUCGGUCCUGGAGAAUGCGUGUACGAAGGUCGAGUUUACCAGAGUGCGGCGCAAAUCCCGCGACCCGAUCCCUGCGACUUCUGCUUCUGCUUCCGUAGCGAUAUCAUCUGCCUACAGCAAACGUGUCCACCCCCGAUAGCAGGAUGUCACGAAACCGCCAUUAACGGCUAUUGCUGUCCACGAUACGAGUGCCAUGUCAACAUGGCGUAUCGCAAUACGACGAAUGACGCAGUGACCACAACCACAACAACAACGACGACAUCAACGACUCCGGAACCCCACUCAAGAAACAUUCCUCUAUUCCCAGGUUGUCAAGUCAAGGGUGCCUUCUACCGCAUUGGUGAGCUGAUAACAGCUGUCAGCACACCUUGCAUGGAAUGCCGCUGCGACGAGACAGGCUCAAUGAAGUGCGACCCGAAGGACUGCCAACAAAACGCACCGUUGUUACUCCGCAUGAAUCGUUCUUUCUUCAGAUCUAGUAGCUGA